UUGUGUGUGUGUGUGUAUAAAAAGAAAAUUUUUGUAAAGCGUCGUACAAAAUGGUUGCAUAUUAUGAUGAUUCAGAUGGUGUUGAGCAGCCCAAAACGUUGACAUAUUGGGUUCGAAAUUUUCGCAUGAAGCGCAUGCAAAUGCGUCGCAAAUUGCGGGGCUCUGGAAGCCUGCGCGUUAACGCCAUUUUGUCAACGGCGCUUUUCCAAGCUGAGCAUGAACUGCGCAGGAAACAGCAAGAACGAUUCAGUCGUUGGCUCGACGUCCAAACGAAAUUAAUUCCACACAGCAAUACGCACGAAAGCAACUUCGACGAAAAAUUUCAUCAUGCCUGUGACGUCGAUGUGGAGAAAGAGACGGCCGAAUGCGAACGACGCAAUAUUGAAAAUAGCUUGUGGAGAAGCGAGCUAAGUGGCCUCGACAGAUUUUUGAGCAGUUUAAGCAGCAGCAGCAGCAAUAAAAACAACAAUAACAUAAGCCAGUGCGCCAUUGCUGUGAACAGUUAGUUAAAAAGAGACAACCCUAUAGCACUUGGGUAUUGGAGAAGUGUGUUUAAGCUUAAAAUGUCGUGAACAACUUGUUUUUCAUUUCUUUGAUUUGAUAAUUUGUUAAAUUAGUUUUAUUACGAAAGAAAUUUCUCAU